AUGCUGUUUCCCAUUGCAUUUUUGAGCUUCCUCUUCUCCGCGUUUGCCCUUCCUCAUGGUUCGAAGCGCAGUAACCUACCGGCCUGCGAUGCGACCUGGCGGAAAUGCUCCUGCCCCUCGGGCACAUUCUUCCAGACCUCCACGAGCUGGAUCAUAUACCCCGCGGCUGUGGAGGAUGUGACGGCUGCCACCGGAAACUUCUUCGAAACAGCCUGGUUCGGCACCAGCCCAUCGCAGAUCCUGGGCGAACCGUACACCCCCGGCGCAAAGCGAAUUCUGAUGGGGGAGCUCCCUAAUGCGGGCGUCUAUCCCUUCACGGAGGAGUUGACCAUGUACCAGCCGCUGCCCAACAACCAAGGAUAUCACAUGAAGUUCCAGAUGGGCGACACCCCCUUCUACUUCAACACCACUUGCGGCAAGCAAGGCCAUCUCGCCGGCACCUGGGACUGGGUGGAUGUCCACUCUGUGGGACCCCAGAAGACCUAUAUGAUGUGGGGCAUUUAUGCAUGCUUUUCGAUCGUUUAUGACUUCCAAGCCUUCCAUGAGAGUGGGAUGAAGAAUGUGUCGGCCAUCCUAGAGGGGGAGGGGAAAAUGGACGGGGAUGUGGAUGGGCCUUACUCCUUCUAG